AUGUUAAAGCGUCGAACAUCAUACCAGCCGGCCCUGGCGACCAGCGUGUGGGCCUUGACCAUCUCGGUCAUCGCCCUGCUGGCCACCCUGCUCAGCACCACAAUGCGGCAGCCCUGUGACGUUAAGAUGCUUGGCAGCAGCGAAGCAGCGGCGGCGGGUAUGUCAGCGACGGACCGUAUCCUGGGCGCUGUGGUGCCAGACGCCGUCGCUGCCGUGACGCCACCCGCCACCGCGGACGCUGCAGACAGUGGCUUCCCUGACGGCGUCACGCACACGGUAUCAUUCCAGGUCUGCAACGGCUUUGCCAACCAGCGGCUGGCGCUGAUCUAUGGGCUGGUCAUUGCCAAGCAGCUGGGCCGCGCGGCGGUGCUGCCGACGAUGAUCCUGGAUGGCACGCAGCUGACAGAGCAGGCCAAGCUCGCCACAGACGACAGGGCCACUACGUCAGCUUUCGAGGCCUUUUACGACGCCGACGCGCUGCGCGAGGCGAUAGCGCCCUUUGGGGUCCACGCGCUCACGCAGCGCGCGUUUGCGCUGGGCGGCGCGCGCGGCUUCGACACUGGCGCGGUCAACAUCGGCCUUGGCGGCGCGCGGCCGAUCUCGGACAUCCCGCGCCACUUUGCGCCGCACCGCGGCGUGCCGCACCUGGCGCUUGACUGCCCGCUUUUCAAGCUCUCUCCGGGCGUGAUCCUGGCGGAGCAGAAAUUCGUUUGGAGCGUCCUGAACGCGCUCAAGCCGGCGCCUGCGUUGGAGCCGCACAUCAAGCGCGCUAUGAGCGGCGUGGAGGGCGCGCCGUUCAAUUUCCUGCACAUACGGCUGGAGAAGGACUGGCAAGCACACUGCGCGAGGUGGGCGGCCCUCACCUCUGUCGACGGCAUCGUCCGCGACAACUGCUUCAACAACACCCUGGACGUACACAAGGCCAUGCGCAGCAUGGGCUUCAAAACAGACGUGCCCGUGUACGUCGCCGCCCACUGGGCGGGUGCGGAUGAGCAGAUCGUGUCCGCGGUCCUGGGCGCGAUCGGGGGCGCGGGCUACAAGUACGUCAAGGCGCAGGCGGACGAGGGCCUGCCGCGGGAGCUGCGGGCGCUCGUGGAAUACGAGGUCGCAAUGCGGGCGGCCCGCUACCUCGGCAACUCGGUGUCCACGUUCUCCGCGCUCGCGAUCCUGCAGCGGCGCCACGCGGGCGCGUGGGCGGGCUACUACAACGGCGGCGACGUCCCGCUGGUGCAGGUACUGCCGCUGUUCUCGACACCGUGGGUCUUCACAUUCAACUCCUGGAGCGCGGGCUACGAGCCCAUGCUCAAGGCGGCCGUCAACUCGGCGGCCAAGGCCGGGGGCAUCACACCGCACUGCAUCUUUGCCGGCGACGCCGGGGCGCCGAUCGUCGCGUGGAUGCGCGUGCGCGGCGUGCGCGUCAUCCCGCACGACCCCGCGUGGCGCACCGCGCUCGUCGCGCUCGCGCGCGGCAAGGCGGCCGACAACCUGGCGCAGAGCCACCUGUUCGCAUCUGAAGACUCCAUCGUCGGCACGUGGCAGCGGAUAGACUUGCCUCUGGUAGACUGGAUCGACCAGUUCACGUACGUGCUGUUCACGGACACCGACAUCCUAUUCCGCCGCCCCUUCAGCUUCCACGAGUUCCCGCUACCGCUGCCGCGCGCGGUGGGCAUGGGACCCGAGAUGGUGGACAUGUUCCCGUACAACGCGGGCAUCAUGCUGGCGAACCUGCCGGCGCUGAGGGAGAGCUACAAGCCGUUCCUAGAGUUCAUCCUAUCCAACAAGUACGGCCUCACCUUCCCUGGCUUUGGGCCGGGCGACCAGGGCGCAUACAACCAGUACUACGAAGCCGACGUCCGUGCGUGGCGCCUGCCCUCCAAGUUCAACGCGAAGCCCUACCACGCGGCGGAGCCGACCCGCAUGUCAGACGUAGCCAUAGUGCACUUCCACGGCCCAAAGCCAGCGGACUACCUAGAGUACGCCAAUUCAGGGGCGUGCCCCAAGUUCGGCGACAUGUGCAGGGCCGGCGUCGCGGCGCGGGCGUGCAUGUACACGCAUGAGUGGGUGCGGCGGCUCGAGGGGGACGAGGGCAAGGAAGCGUACGACAGGUGGCGGUCCGGCUGCGCCAAGGCAUAA